UUUUCAAAGUUACAAGUUACCGAAUUUGGGCAUUUGGGAUCCCAGCUGCACUUUUCGGAUACUUUGUGCCUUAUGUUCACUUGAUCUCAACAUCUGCUGCAAUUUGACUGCCCAGAUGAAGCAUGUAAAAGACAGAUUUGGUGACAGCGUGCCAGAAGAGGUGCUUCUGCUGUGUCUGGGCAUUACUUCGGGAAUUGGCCGAUUGAUCUUCGGCAGAGUUGCAGAUUAUAUUCCUGGUGCAAAAAAGGUCUAUUUACAGGUGACCUCAUUCUUCUUCAUUGGCUUGAUGUCUAUGAUGAUUCCACUGUGCCAUGUCUUUGGAGGUCUCAUUGCUGUCUGUCUCUUCAUGGGCCUGUUUGAUGGAUGCUUCAUUUGCAUUAUGGCUCCUAUUGCCUUUGAGCUUGUUGGUGCUCAGGAUGUCUCCCAAGCCAUAGGAUUUCUACUAGGACUCAUGUCAAUACCUAUGACAGUUGGUCCACCCAUUGCAGGUUUACUGCGUGACCACCUAGGUACCUAUGACAUAGCAUUCUACCUGGCUGGAGUUCCUCCCCUUAUUGGCGGCGCUAUAUUAUGUUUUAUCCCAUGGGUCCAUGAACGGCAGAAGUUAAAAGAAAGAGCAAAAACUGUUGAUGGAGAAACGACUGAGAAAAUGCUGGAAAAUGAAAGCACUUUGGUGUCAGACACUGCAGAAAAGCCAGUUAAAGAAAUGGAAUCUGGUUUUUGAUGCUUGCUUUUCCUCUACUAGGCUACCCUUCUCCUACAAAAGCUAUAUCAGAUUCUAGGUUUUGGCUGAAAAUAUAAUGAUACUAAGGGAGUUUUGAACUAUUGCUCAAAUUGCAAGAAUCUUUUAUACCAUUGAAUGCUUUUUUUUUUUUUUUUUUUUGGACGAGUCCUUGCAUUUGAUUUCAAGCCACGUUUUCAAGGUAUUUGAAGUUUUAUAGCAUUAGUGUGUACAUGCAUAGUGAUUCUGUGUGUGAAGAGCAUAUUUUUCUAAUUCAUCAGAACACAUUUCUGGAAGCGUGAAAGCUGUUUUUGAUUCACUGAUCCAGGACUCUUCAAUAAUUAUAUGGUCCAUCCAAUGCAGGCAACACCUUUGAGUGUUUAUACUGGAACAUUUAGGAGCUCUUAUGACUGAUUUAUUUUUUAAAGUUUCCUGUGCUGUUUUAAAAUCUCUCAAAAUUCUGUUCACAUCAUCAAUGUGAAUAUACAUCUUUUUGAUUCCCUUUAACUCUUGCUGAUACCGUUUCGCAUUAGAAAGCUAAAUUACUAAACAAAACAUUUCUUUUAUUUUCUCUUAUUACUCCAGCAUGCUCAGUUUGCUUAAAACAUUGACCUCUUCUUGCACUGAUACAACUUUUCACAGUAUCAUGAACAAAGAAUAUUAAGGAUGAAAUUUGUCAUAGGUACAGGUUUUGAAUAUGCACAAACUAAGCUCAGAAAGCAGAUACGUUCAGAAGUAAAGCUGCUGAAUGAUAGAUUGUUGCCACAUUUUUUCUACCAAGGCUGUACUAUUAACAUAUAUGUGUAUUUUUUUUUCAGCUAAACUUCAAAAUAACUGAUAGUUUUGAAAUCGUACUGACAGCAGUACUUUGAAGCAGUAUUGUGAAUUAGACUAAAUUUCCAAUUCUUCUGUUGUAUCUUUAAGUUCUUAUUUUUUUUAGUUUUUACACAGAAGACAGCUUUAAAGAAUACAUUCUAAGUGCAAUAAUACUGAGUUGUUUUAACAUGUGGAGAUAUACACGUGAGCUAUUAAAAUGACAUUCAAAAAUUGAAAAGAUUUUUGCACUAAGUGAACAUGCAGCUUUGUUGUGGGUCUUUACAGCUAUGUUCAAUUGCAUGUAGGAUACAGCGCCGUAUUUUAUUCAAAUAUAAAGAAAUGUCUUUGCAUACCGUAUUACUUGCUUAACGCACUAAAAUAUUCCCAUUACUUAAAUAUUCCUAGAUUUUAUGUAAUGUUUGUCAAGCACAUAUUUUUGAAACACCUCUUUCUCUGAAAAAUAUCUGAAAACAUAAUACGUUGUCCGAGAUGAGGACACUGUGCUUUUCAGUUUAUCAUAUAACACUUCCAAGUGCAUUGUUUAUUUGUGGAUAUGGAUCAGCACUGCAAUGGAAUACUUAAACAUGCUUUAUUUCAGGUCCGUUCAACAGCAACAGUUUUUGUUGUCCUGCGUAGAUGUGCCCUUUAGCUAAGGGCAAGCUAAACAUGAUCCUAAGACUAAACGUGCAUUUACGUGCAUUUUCUUAACUAGUUUUCUUUACAUAAGCUAGAGGUGUAUUAUUUUAAAAUUAGAACCUGCAACGUCUUUUGUAAUUUUUCCUUCUUCCGGAAUUGUAUUAAUUUGCUCAGAAAGCCCAUGUACAUCUGUGAUGUAAAACAUUGUUAGCAAUGCUAUUACUUAGAAACUUUACAUACAUUAAUUUUCAAAAAUCUUUUCAACGUAAUCAUGCAGGCAUCUUAGUUAUUGAAGACCAGAGCUCAUACCUUGUUUAUCUUGGAGGAUUUCGAUUCCUGCCCCAAGAGAGUGAGGCUUAAAAGAAUUGAAAUGAUAAUGAGGUGUAUGAGAGAGAUUUGGGAGUGGAAAAAAAGCACGUUAAGAACAGAGGUCCCUUUAUGUUUCACUGGGACUUGUUCUUCUGAAUGUCAUAAGUACUUCUGAAAAUUUCCGUAAAAUAUUAGUAGUAUUGUUAAUUAAAAUAACUACAAAAUGCUGCCUUCAUUACUGAAAUGAGGUUAACAGCCUACACUGUUCUUGACUGCCGUAUUUCUGUAGAAUGUGUUAUUCAGUAUUAUCUUCUAUCUGGGUAAUGUAAAAGAUGUUCGUAAGUGUGAUGAAAGCCUCUUAUUUCAUAUUGCUUUGUUAUGAAAAGUUUCAUAAAGAUAAAUAUUUAUCAUAGUUCUUAUUUUUCAUAUGUUUUACCUUUAUGGGUUUUUAACCAAAAAUUAAGCUGCAUUUUAGCAGUAAUGCAAUUUGAAAUUGUUGUUAUCAGACAUCUUGACCUAACUGUGGCAUCUUCCUGACCUGGUGCUCUGUAGUAUCUAUUAUAAAUGAUCUAGGAUAGAAUACAAAAUAAUUGCUGUUAAAUUUUAUAAAUGAUACAGAAAUAGUGUAACACUGGUAAGGAUUAAUUCUUGCUGAACUGUUUAAAAACAUACAGAAAAAUGCAAAUUCUUUUACUGGAGUAGCUAAAAAUGUAAGUUAAUGCUUACAAGAUAAAAGACAAUGUUUAAAAAAAAAAAAAAAGACACUAUGAAAGGGAUGGCUGACUCAUGUCAAAAACAGCUGUUUUGCUUGGGAUGCCACAGGAGGGGGAUGCAGAGUUAGGAGUAAGGAAGUUACGUUUGUGUGAUGAUGUUGAAAUAAUGAACCUAUUUCAGAUGUCAGUGCUUGUUUUACAACAGUAAAAUUGGAAACACUGCAGGAAAAAAAAAAAACAGAAAAGCUAGAAAGCAAAUUGUAUUUCAGAGAUGAUUCUGUUAGCAUUGUCACUGUCCGUUUCCAUUAGGAAAAGCUCAUUAUUGGUCCUAAUUGUAACAAGAUUGUGCCCUAAAGUUUAAUUAGAUUAAUUUAGAAUUGAAGUAAAGUUCAAAUUGUUAGUAGUGAGGCUAGUUAACUGUUAAGAAACUUAUUGAGAUAUAUACUGCAUACUGUAUGCCCUGAAGUUUUAAAAAUGAGAUCAGCUGUCUCUCUCCCCCCCCCGCCAAAAAAAAGCCAAUACAACAAUCAAUAUUUAGUCCAUUUAUGCAAAAAUCAUAGUAUGACAUUGAAUUUUCUCUUAGGUGGUGUUUAUUCUGAAAACUGAAACAGAGAAGCACCAGAAAUUCAAUUUUAAUUUUGGCUGAGUAAAUGUAAAUACAUUUUUAUCACAGAACUUAAUUUUAGGUGGGAAAAUCCAUUUGUAUGAAAACUACUAAGCUCAUAUUUUGAUGACCUAAUUUAUGCUAGUUUUAAUCUAGUUGGAGAUUGAUUCUAAAAUUAAAACAUCAGUUUAAAAAAAACCAAACAAGCAGUUCAUGAAGUGCUUUUCAUAGACGUUGCUCUCCCGUCCUGUAAACAGAAUUAUUGUCCUCCUUUUUCCAUUAAAUAUUUUCAGGGUAACCUUCAGAAGAAACUGGGUAGAAAGAGGUUCAUUGAAGAUGCCAGGGUGGUGAAAUUUACAAUCCUGCUCUAUGUGCUGUAAUUUAAUAUGUCAUUUUUCAUCAUGGUCAUCUUUAAAUCAUGGUCAUUGUUAUAUAUGAAAAGAUGUAUAUGUAUAUUCGGUGUCAGAUGAGGUAAAUAAUGGCAUCUUUCUCCUUUGGCUCUUUAUGCAUCAUGUCUGGGCAUACACAUUCCUAAAUUCCCUUUAGAGGCGCUGGAUUUUAAAAGCUGAUGCAUACCAUAUUGAAUAUAGAUAGUACUUUUUCAGCCUUCCUUUCUCAGACUUCCCCCCUGCAUUAAACCUUUGAAUAGCCAGAGCCAGACAAGGCACUUUUUCAUGAGGUGGGAGACUGAGGUUGAGUCAUCUCAGACAAUAGAAACUGAACCCAGUUAUCAUGUGUGUUAGAUGAAUACUCAGAUCACAUGCUUAUUACGUAAAAGGUGGAUGCUACCACCUGAAAGCCAAAACACCCUGCUCUGUUAUUUGCAUCAGGUAGUACAUGCCAAAGGGACAGGAGAUGCUUCCCUGCAGCCCUGAAUGAAGUCCCUCAAGAUGCCGCCAUCUUUAGGAUUGUCCUUAAGGAUUAGAUUGAGCAGCCGUGUUCUCGCCGCGUGGGCACCAGGCUGCUUUCUGCUUCGCUGCUCGUUCUGUCGGAGCCCAGGCGGAGGGGCUCAACAGUCCUCUCGGAGCAGAGUGUGGAGCUGCCGCCACACCUGGGGUCUGGAUCUCACUCUGGAGAGCUGCAGGCUAAAAAUUCAGUGUUUCAGAAACUGACUUUUAGGCAUCUUAACUCUUCUAUUGGAACUGACCCUCUGAUAUUACAAGGUUGUGUUUGUGUGUGUAUGUAUAUAUACAAUAUGUUUUCACCGUGGCAUACAAACAUUGCACAUUUACUAUAGGAGCUGUAGCACUGGAAUGUGGGAGAAAAGGUUUAGAGAUUAAUAGAUGAGGAAAAGUAAUAAUCUCCAUUCCUGUGUUUCAUUAUUGACAAACAUAGCACCAUUAAAAUUCCAGACAGUGAGUGAGGUUUUUAUUAAACUUUUGCAUAUUUUUAAUAUGCCUUUUAGUCUUAUAUAUUGUGUCAACAUUUUUAACAUUUCAGAACUGUGUAUGCUAAGAUUAGACUGAUAAUAUUUUAUACUAAAAUGCGUGCUACUGUUGAUGACACUGACGCAUUUAAAGUAUCUUUAUAGACAUCACAUUUUGUAUGUUGUUUUUGAUAUUAAAGGGUAUACAUUUUGCUAGCCUUAACUCCAUUCUUUAAAAUUCUGCUUUGUUAUAAGCAUAAGAAAUGAAUGUGUAAUGUUUUCCAUGGUGCUAAAAUAACUGUGAUCAGUCUCAAAUUAUUCAGAAUAAAACUGUAGUUCUUAAGUGCCCCAUUUGGUAUCGCAUGUAUCAUUUUCUAGGUCUUGUUCUCCUGUUAAACUGGCAGUUUUUUUAAAGCGAUUUUGUGUUAUGAUAUAUUAUUGAGUCUCAUGUGUAGACUCACAUAAAAGCCCUUAUGCCGUUUAUUAAAACUAUAUUUGGACUAGAACAUCUCCAUUACAUUUACCCUGGAAUUAAUAUAUGGUAAAACCUAUUUCUUUCUAAUUGUACUGAGUAUUCAUUUUAAAAACAACAGUUUAUAAGCCUAAAUUACUGGCUUCCGGAGUUACUUACGUGCUUCUGCACAUUUUAUCCCCUGGAUUUUUCCCUUCUGCGGUUUAAUAAGAUUGUUUUAAAAUAUAUCUGACUUAAAGAUAAUAUAUAGAACAGCUGCAUUCACAAAAGGCAGAAGUGAAAUGGAGGGAGGGAGGGAAACGACGGUAGAAUAAACCUCAAUAGCAUUUUAAAAGAAUUCAGUAUGUUUUGCUUAAUAAACUGCCAGUGUAAUUCAGGGGAACUUUGAUCACUUACUGGCCUACCACUAGUUUCACCUUGAUUUACCUUGGCAGUAUGAAGUAUGAAACGUUUCCUCACUGACAGCUUCAGUAAAUCACAGGAGUUAAUUCAACUUUCCUUUUGUAGUAGGGCCAAAUAUUUCCUUUUCUUUAAUAAUCAUACUUGACGAUAAAGGGUAAACAUUCCCAUUAAUCUUGGCGUUAUCUGGUCCGUUAAUAUUUGAAAUUAAAAUUUGAAAAAGGUGCCCGAAAGCUUUACAAAAGCCUAAGUGCUGUUGCUGUUUGUAUAGUCCUAAGGUACAAAACCUUAUUGUAAGAUGUGAAACCUAAAAGGGGGGGAUUGUUCUUCGAAAGAAGCCUAUGGAGUACCUCUCAAAUACUUCUGUACAUUUUCCAGCAAGUUAUUUUUAUACCAGAGUGUAUCAUGAAGGCUAAUUAAAAAGGGAAAAUGCCACCAUAUGUGAAUAUGAUUUAAAUUUGUGCAUGGUUUUCAGAAAAUAAAUAUUUUA